GGGAGAAGCAAGGGGCACUCCCAGUCCCCAGAGCCUGGGGUGCAGGUGGGUACGAGCGUGUCUGGCCAUGGCCGAGUCCAUCACCUACGCGGACCUGCGGUUUGUCAAGGCCCCCCUAAAGAAUGCUGUUUGCCAACUGGACCAGGAUGUGGAUGAGGACGGGGACCUCACCUAUGAGAAUGUACAGGUGUGCCCAGCCCCGGGGGCCCUCGCCAGCCUGGCUUCCUCAGGACCAGGGGACAAAGCAGGUCCCUGCACAGGGCUGGGCUCUGAGCAGCAACCCUCUUCCUGGCCUUCAGCGACACCCCUAGCCACUGGGCGGGUCCUAUGUGGCCGAGCCAUCUGCACGAAGUACGUCCUUCUGGGCCUGCUCCUCGGCUGCCUGCUCCUGGGGGUGGCCGCCAUCGGCCUGGGGGUGCGCUAUCUGCAGGUGUCUCAGCAGCUCCAGCGGGCGCACAGGAAUCUGGAAUCCACCAACAGCAGCCUGGGGCAGCGGCUCCACCAGGCAGAGGCAAAGCUGAAGCAGCAGGCGGAGGAGCUGCAGGGGGCCAGGCUGGAGCUGACCCAGAGAGAGGAGUCCCUACACAAAGUGCAGCAGGUCGGUCAGGACACCCAAAGGCAGCUGGACAACUGCCGCAGGGAGCAGGACGAGACAAAGAACACCUUGCGGAGUGAGCAGGAACAAAGGAGUAACUUGGAGCAGAGGCUGAAAAGCAUGGAAAGCAUGAGGGACAAGCUGAGGCAAUUCUUCACUUGUAACAGCCCAGACUUCUGCUGUCCUGUUGGAUGGACACUGAAAAGAGGGACUUGCUUUCACAUUUCACCUACAAGGAAAACUUGGCAAGAGAGCCAAGAGUAUUGUAAUUCUCUGUCAUCUGACAUGAUCGCCACUGAAAGUUAUUCACUAGAUAAAAUUAAAAAUGCCUUCUAUUCAUUGUUUGAUGAGCUUCCCUGGUCUGGUCCUUACUGGAUCCACUACAGACCCCCUGAUGAAAGAGAACAUUGGGAUGAUCCUGAAAAGAAAUGUGCUACGGUGAUACAAAGUACUUGGAACCACAAACCACUAUAUCUAAAACUGUGGAGUAAUUGUAUGAAUCCACUACAUUGCAUCUGUGAGUUGAAAGCUUUCAGAUACCCAGAUGUGGAGUACUCUUUGCACUGAGCUGGGUAAGAGGGGGUAGGGAAGAGGAAAAAAAUAGGGGGAGGGGGAAAGAGGGAGAGAGAGGGUGGGGGUAAGAGAGAGGGAGGAGGAGGGGGAGAGGGAGGCGGUGGCUGGGGAGACUUGACUAGUUCCUAGGUGUGAGUCCUGUCCUGUCCACAGGCUCCAGGGGCUGGAUCAGGAAAGGUGUUUCUGUGCAGGGGGAGGGGGAGGCUAAAGGGAGCCGGGUGACCCGCAGGACCUAAUGCUGUUUUGCUCUUCUGCUCAGGCCAACGGAGUCUGAACCCUUCAUGGCUAACGUCCUGCCUGGACAGUGCCAACUUGGCCAAGGGCAGAU